ACCAUGCAAGCUAGGUCAAGCGAACAACACGCUCGCUGUGAACCAGCGCUCAAGCGGGAAGAGAUCACCUUGUCGACGAAUCGCAGUCUGAUAAAGGAGCACACAGGUAGGUCUACAUAAACGCGUUCCCUUUCCCACUUCCAAUGCACGUCAGGCUCCUCAAGAUCUCUCGCUUCCAUCAAGAUGCUUUACUCUCGCUUGCUUGCAUUUGGUGCCUUUGCCGCUGCUUCUCUCGCUUCUCCCCUCACCUCCACGCAUUCCAUCCAUGAGAGAAGGUCCGAAAUUCCCGCGGGCUGGACGAGACGGGAUGUGCUCGAUCGUAGGGCCAUUUUGCCGGUGAAAAUUGGCCUAGCGCAAAGCAAUCUUGACAAGGCAGCGGACUGGCUGCACGAAGUCUCCCACCCUUCCUCCGAGAAGUAUGGGAAGCACUGGACAGCCAAACAGAUUGCUGAGGCAUUUGCACCAAGCGAAGAAAGCGUCCGUGCGGUCAAGUCUUGGCUCGUCUCAGCCGGCAUUUCUGAGUCGCGCAUAAAGCAAUCCCAAAGUUUGAGCUGGCUGCAUUUCGACGCAACGGUCGACGAGGCCGAAGACCUCUUCAAGACGAAGUACCAUGUGUUCGAGCACAUCUCCGGCCAGCCGCAUGUCGCCUGCGAUGAGUAUAGCGUGCCUUCACAUCUCAGACAACACAUCGACAUCGUCUCCCCCACUCUACACUUUGACACCAAGCUGGGUCAGCCAGACAACAAACGCAGUGUCUCCAAGCGCGACCGGCCUGGCACCGGUCGCGGCAUUGGGUGGCCUGGCCAUUGGAACCCGCCGAAAGGUGGCUGGCGUCUGCCGUGGCCGCACAGGCCCACCACUGACCUCUCCACUUGCGACGAGUACAUUGUUCCGGACUGCUUGCGGUAUCUCUACCAGUUUCCAACCAACUAUGGGGCCAAUCCCCAGAACAGCUACGGCAUCGUCGAGUACACCCCUCAGGCCUACGUGCCUUCUGACUUGGACAUGUUCUUUCGCAACUUCAGCUCCCGUUCCGUUGGCACUCGGCCUAUCCUGGACAGCAUUGAUGGCGGUGUGGUACAACAGACUAACAUGUCAUUUGGCUAUAACGGCGAGAGCGACUUGGAUCUCGAGUACGCGAUUACGCUAGUAUACCCGCAGCCGGUAACUCUCUACCAAGUUGGCGAUCUGGUUGAAGGUGCUUCGUUCAACAACUUCCUCGAUGCCAUAGAUGGCUCCUACUGCACAUACGAAGGUGGUGACGACCCCACACAAGACGCUAUCUACCCCGAUCCUUAUGGUGGUUAUCAAGGACCCGAGAAUUGCGGUGGAUAUACUGCUACUAAGGUCAUCUCUACGAGUUAUGCCUACAAUGAGCAUGACUUGACGCCUUUCUAUGAGAUGCGCCAAUGCAAUGAGUACAUGAAGCUCGGCAUGAUGGGUGUCUCGGUCCUGUACUCGUCCGGAGACUACGGCGUUGCAGGCAACGGCGGACAGUGCAUUAACGGCACUGGCGCUGACGCCAACUACACCGCACCCGGAGCGGCUUAUGGUCGAUUCAACCCUUCAUUCCCCGGCACCUGCCCAUACGUCACCGCGGUAGGAGCCACUCAGGUGAAGAAUAACACCGAUAUCACAACUAGCACCCAGCCGGAGGAGGCUUGUGAGACGGUCAUCUAUUCCGGUGGCGGCUUCUCCAACGUCUUCCCGAUACCAUCCUAUCAGGCUGCAGCCGUCAAGCGGUACUUGACAAACUAUCCACCUCCGUACGGUGCGGACCGAUACAACAACAGUGGGCAAGUGAGAGGCUUCCCAGACGUCAGCGCUAAUGGUGCAAAUUAUGUCAUCGCCAUCGAUGGCAACUUUUCGCUCGUCUAUGGCACCUCGGCCUCUUCGCCGACCUUUGGCAGCAUUCUCACACUGAUUAACCAGGAGCGUCUGAAUAUCGGCAAAAGCAGCGUCGGCUUCAUCAACCCAACGCUUUACGCUAAUCCCUGGGUCAUGAACGACAUUACCGAAGGCGGUAAUCAGGGUUGUGGGACACCAGGCUUCAGCGCUGAGCCCGGUUGGGACCCUGUGACCGGUCUCGGCACACCGAACUAUCCAAAGAUGUCGGCACUGUUCCUCGGCCUCGGGUAACGGGCCAAAGUACCUACCGGCAAAGAGCAUGUGUAACGGAAGAACCAAUAUGUCGAAAGACGCGCUCUCAUAACGAUCAUGUAGUUACGUACUAAUACAAUCAACAAGUUCCAGC